UCAUCAAUCAAUGCCACUAUCGUUGUUUUGAUUUGUUCGGGAAACUUUUGGGAUAAUUCCGUCUGUUUUAUAACGUUUUAGUGUUCCUGUGCUGGAAAAUAAGUGCGCAUUCAACGAUAAGAAUAAAAUGGCUCAUAUACCGGCAACUUCCUUAGGUAGCAAAAGCAAGAAACAUUUUCUCGGUGUUCCUGCACCACUUGGCUAUGUCGCCGGUGUAGGUCGAGGUGCCACAGGUUUCACUACCCGUUCCGAUAUUGGUCCUGCGCGGGAUGCUAAUGAUGUGUCUGAUGACCGACACGCGCCGCCAGCGGCCAAGCGCAAGAAGAAGGAAGAAGAAGAGGAGGACGACGAGGAUCUGAAUGACUCCAACUAUGAUGAGUUUAGUGGUUACAGCGGUUCGUUGUUCUCUAAGGACCCGUACGAUAAAGAUGACGCGGAAGCAGAUGCCAUCUACGAGAGCAUCGAUAAACGUAUGGACGAAAAACGUAAAGAGUAUCGUGAAAAGAGGUUGAAAGAAGAUUUGGAACGAUAUCGUCAAGAGCGACCGAAAAUACAGCAGCAGUUUUCUGAUUUGAAGCGUAAUUUAAUCACUGUGUCUGAGGACGAAUGGGCUAAUCUACCGGAGGUCGGAGAUAGCCGUAACAAAAAGCAACGGAAUCCACGAGCGGAAAAGUUUACUCCAUUGCCGGAUAGUGUUCUGUCCAGGAAUUUGGGAGGAGAAACAACUAGUACGAUCGACGCUCGUUCGGGAUUGGCAUCGAUGAUUCCUGGUAGUGCAACACCCGGGAUGCUUACUCCCAGCGGUGACUUAGAUUUAAGAAAAAUUGGUCAAGCCAGGAAUACGCUAAUGAACGUAAAGCUGUCACAGGUUUCAGAUUCUGUAGCAGGUCAGACGGUUGUGGAUCCAAAGGGUUAUUUGACUGAUCUUCAGAGUAUGAUCCCAACCUACGGUGGGGACAUCAAUGACAUUAAGAAAGCCAGAUUGCUGCUCAAAAGUGUUCGAGAGACAAAUCCUAAUCAUCCACCAGCAUGGAUUGCUAGUGCCCGUCUGGAAGAAGUCACUGGUAAGGUGCAAAUGGCUCGUAACUUAAUAAUGCGUGGUUGCGAAGUCAAUCCACUAAGUGAAGAUCUUUGGUUGGAGGCAGCACGUUUGCAGCCUCCAGAUACGGCAAAAGGAGUAAUUGCUCAAGCUGCUAGGCAUAUUCCUACUUCAGUUAGAAUAUGGAUCAAGGCUGCUGACUUGGAAACCGAAGCAAAAGCAAAAAGACGUGUGUUUCGUAAAGCCUUGGAGCAUAUCCCGAAUUCUGUGCGAUUGUGGAAGGCUGCUGUAGAGAUGGAAAAUCCAGAAGAUGCUAAAAUUCUACUCUCGAGAGCUGUAGAAUGCUGCAACACAAGUGUUGAACUUUGGCUUGCUUUAGCCCGAUUAGAAACCUACGAAAAUGCUCGAAAAGUGCUGAAUAAAGCUCGAGAGAAUAUUCCAACGGAUCGACAGAUCUGGACAACCGCUGCUAAGUUGGAGGAAGCAAACGGAAAUAUUCAUAUGGUGGAAAAGAUCAUUGACCGAGCAAUGACUUCACUUAGUGCUAACGGCGUUGAAAUCAACCGAGAUCAGUGGCUUCAAGAGGCCAUGGAAGCAGAAAAGGCCGGUGCCAUCAAAUGUUGCCAGGCUAUCAUUAAAUGUGUCAUUGGAGCUGGCAUUGACGAGGAAGAUCGAAAACAAACUUGGAUUGAUGAUGCAGAUCACUGCGCAAAGGAAGGGGCCUUCGAAUGUGCUCGAGCCGUCUAUAACUUUGCUCUUUCUGAGUUUCCUUCCAAAAAGAGCAUUUGGUUACGGGCAGCUUACUUCGAAAAAAAUCACGGAACUCGUGAGAGUUUAGAAGCAAUACUACAAAAAGCAGUUGCCCAUUGUCCAAAAUCGGAGGUUCUUUGGUUAAUGGGUGCCAAAUCCAAAUGGUUGGCCGGCGAUGUGCCAGCAGCUCGUGGCAUUUUAUCCCUUGCUUUUCAAGCGAAUCCUAAUUCGGAAGACAUUUGGUUGGCUGCAGUAAAGUUGGAAUCUGAAAACGCCGAAUAUGAACGAGCGCGCCGACUUCUGGCAAAAGCGAGAGCUUCGGCUCCUACUCCAAGAGUUAUGAUGAAGUCUGCUAAGCUUGAAUGGGCCCUCAACAAAUUGGAAGAGGCUCUUAGUUUAUUGGAGGACGCCGUGAAAGUUUUUCCAGAUUACGCCAAAUUAUGGAUGAUGAAGGGGCAGAUCGAGGAACAGAAGAAACUGUUUGAACAAGCAGUUGAAACUUACAACUCAGGUUUGAAAAAAUGCCCCAACUCGAUUCCGCUUUGGUUGUUGCUGUCGAGUUUAGAAGAACGAAGAAAUCUUCUGACCAAAGCACGUUCUGUACUAGAGCGAGGUCGCUUGAAAAAUCCCAAGAACUCAAUUCUUUGGUUAGCUGCUAUACGAAUCGAGAUACGUGGUGGUCUCAAAGAUAUGGCAAAUACACUGAUGGCUAGAGCAUUGCAGGACUGUCCAAAUGCCGGCGAGCUGUGGUCGGAGGCAAUUUUCUUAGAAGCUCGACCACAACGGAAGUCCAAGUCCGUGGAUGCUCUGAAGAAAUGUGAGCAUGAUCCGCAUGUACUGUUGGCAGUUUCCAAACUUUUCUGGAGCGAACGGAAAGUUCAAAAGUGUCGUGAUUGGUUCAAUAGAACGAUUAAAAUUGAUCCAGAUUUUGGAGACGCUUGGGCCUAUUUCUACAAAUUCGAAUCACAGCACGGUACUGAACAGCAGCAAAAUGACCUACUGGAACGGUGUGUUGCGGCUGAACCAAAACAUGGAGAGGAAUGGUGCCGUGUCAGCAAGAACAUUGCAAACUGGUGCUUCAAAACAGACGAAGUACUGAAGGCAGUGGUGAAAAUACUGCCUACGCCAAUAUAGUUCUAGUUCUGGGAAGUUGAUAAAUUACUGUUCAAUAAAUAGUAAUUAUUAAAACGGCGGAA